AUGGAGUACAAGAAACUAGCAAAUACAGAUCCCACAAUCCCAUCAAAAGAGGACUUCAUCAAAGCUCUACAUACCGAACGUCGAGAAUAUAUCGAAAUUGCCAACGAUUUCCUCCAGUCGACUGAAAAGAUGAAAACGCUAGUCAAACAGCUCGAGAACAAUGUUUCAACCAUAGAAACCUUGAACCGACAGCAAUCUGCUGUCCUUGAUACCCUUUUCAGGGGUAAAAAGACUUGA